AUGAGAAGUUUAUAUUACUAUAUAUGUGAUCUAAAGAAUGCAUUUACCUUCAAAAAACAUUUAGCAUCAACACGCUCCUCAUUUUUUACUCGAACAGGGGAUUUUCAAUUUCUUAUUGACGGAGAAGAGACAAUGCAAAAAAUUGCUGAGUCACUUGUUUCUGCAAAAAACACAAUUAAAAUAAUGGGAUGGAGAAUGGACCUAAAUGUUCCUAUGAUUAGAACUAAUCAUUACCUACAAGGAAAAACAAUUCUUGAUAUUUUAAUGAUUGCUGCAAAACGUGGUAUAAAAAUUUAUGUAUUAUUAUAUAAAUCCCCUUAUGUUAGUCAUUUAACAAAAAACCAAACUACAUCAAAAAUUCUAAAUUCUGUACAUCCUAAUAUUGUUUGUAUUUGCGAACGUUGGUCAUUAAUAUUUUCUCACCAUGAAAAAGUUAUUAUUAUUGAUAAUGAAAUUGGGUUUGUAGGUGGAAUUGACCUUUGUGUUGGGAGGUAUGACACUCAUGACCACCAAAUAUCACCUUGUGUCAAACAAGAUGAUGAUUAUAUUUAUCCUCCAAUUGAUUACAACAAUAUCCAAAUUCAUAAAACUAAUUCACUCCAAUAUCCAAGAAUGCCAUGGCAUGACAUUCACUGUAUGGUUAAUGGAACAAUUUUAAAUGACCUCCAAUAUCAUUUUCACCAACGAUGGCAAUUUUAUAAUGGGUCUAUUGAGUCUAUUGCUGUAAACACAUACGAAGGUUCAGAUGAAAUGAAGUUAUGUAGAUCAAUAUGUAAUAGUUCUGGAUCUCAAAACGAAUGUAGUAUUUAUGGAGAAAUGCUUAGGUUAAUAAGAAAAGCAGAACAUUUUAUUUAUAUUGAACAACAAUAUUUUUUAAGUAACUGUGGUAAAAAAAAUAUUUCAAAUAAACUUGGUCAGGCAAUUGCUAAAAAGAUAGUUACAUCUUUUGAAAGAGGAAAAAAGUUUUUUGUUGUCAUUGUGUUACCAGUAUUUAGUGAAGGUCAAUUAAGGCAAAAGUCAGUUAGAAAAAUUUUAGAGUACACUAGAAAAUCUAUAUAUGAUGGGACUAAUAGUAUUUUUAAUAUUGCUAAAAAGAAUGGUGUAAGAGAUAUUUCCAAUUAUUUGUGUGUUUGUAAUUUGUACAAUUAUGGAUGGUGUGAAAAAUAUGGAAUAACUUCAAGUCAAAUUUAUGUUCAUUCAAAAUUAAUGAUAAUAGAUGAUAGGUAUGCAUUAAUAGGCUCUGCUAAUAUGAAUGAUCGCUCAUUACGUGGAGAUCGUGAUACUGAAAUUGCAAUUUCUAUUAAAGAAACGAAUCAAAUAAAAGAGUUAUUUGGAAGAGAAGAAAUCAGUGUCUGUAAAAAAAUUUCAUCAUUGAGAAAAAAGUUAUGGAUGGAACAUCUUGGCUUCAAAGAACAUUUGUCUUUGCUUGUUGAAGACGCUUAUGAAUGCUUUGAAACAAUUUGGAAACAAGUGGCUCAUGAAAAUAGAUUGAUUUAUGAACAAGUAUUUCCAUUAUUUCCAAGAGAUGCUUUUACAUAUUAUAUCAAUACAGAAAAACAUACUCAUCCUAUUGCGGUUAAAGAAAAACUACCUUUACUAGUUAAGGUUCAAGGUCAUCUUGUACUGGCAUCUUUAAUAUUUGGUUCAAAAGAACAUCAACGAAGUUAUGGACUAACUGCUGUUGUUACUUAA